CAUUUCCAUCGUUAUCGUCCAUUUCAAUCCACGUCGAUCGCUCAACUCUCAAACCCUCUAAUACUUACAGUAGAUUUCCGACCAAUCGCCAACGCGUAUCAUAGCCCCAUAAGAAACGCAAUUGGUGAUAUGAGCUGCGGUCAGUAUGCGCCCACGGCCUGCCGGAAAUCUGUUCCGACCUUUCAAUCUCGAUAAUAUCUGUUGGCGAUGCAGUCAACAGCUGAACUAUACGAGAACUCCAGCUAGGAGGUUCUUCGCCCAUUCCGUCGCUCCCGUCCCUCCGAAGCAACGAUCAAGAUUAAAUACCGGAUAUUUCUUAUCCAACAAGCUUUUACCACGAGUCCAAACCGCCUCAACCGAUCAUCAUGCUACUCAGGAUCUUCCCCACCGGCAGCGGCGGGCAGCAAGGCGCAACGCUUCAGUAGAAAACCCAACUACUUCUAAUGCCCCAGACCCGGCGUCGGCGGUUGAGAACCCAUUACCACAAGAUGCUUCAUCUGCUCUCACUACAGCAUCUACGAAACACCCUGCCAAUUCUCUACGUCGACAAAUAUCCCUCCUCCUUUCUCUCUCGAAACCUCGUCUUACUGUCCUUAUCGUCCUUACUGCUAUGGCACCUUAUGCGCUAUACCCCGUCCCCGCCUUUCUCUCGCCAUCUAUAGGUCUAGACACGCCUUCUCUAUCGCCUCUGACCCUGGCUUUCCUUACCACUGGUACGGCGCUCUGUUGCGCGAGCGCGAAUGCCCUUAAUAUGCUCUACGAACUAGCGUGGGAUGCCAAGAUGACGCGGACGAGGAACAGGCCUCUGGUUCGUGGGCUCUUGUCUGAGCGUAAAGCUCUCAUCUUCGCUAUCCUCGCAGCCUUUACCGGAGUCGGUGGCCUCUACUUUGGCGUCAACCCCACAGUCGCAUUCCUGGGCGCUGCGAACAUCACGCUCUACGCUGGUGUCUACACCCCAAUGAAGCGCGUUUCUUGGCUCAACACUUGGGUCGGGGCCAUUAUUGGGGGCAUUCCGCCUCUCAUGGGCUGGGCCGCGGCGGCAGGCGAAUCCGCGACGGGAGACGGGUCCUUCCAUGAGCUUCUUCUUACUCCCGACGCCAUUGGUGGCUGGUUGCUGGCCGCACUCUUAUUUGCCUGGCAAUUCCCUCAUUUCAUGGCACUCUCGUGGCCUAUAAGGGAAGAAUACAAGGCCGCCGGUCACAAGAUGCUAUGCUGGAUCAACCCUGCACGUAAUGCGCGCGUGGCCCUGAGGUAUAGCUUGCUGUUCUUCCCCUUAUCUGUUGCGCUCUGUGCCGUAGGGGUGACUGAAUGGACAUUUGCUGUGACGAGCUUACCCGUAAACUUCUGGCUGGCGCGUGAAGCGGUGCGAUUCUGGCAGAACGAGGGCUUCAAGGGGAGUGCGCGCGGGUUGUUCUGGGCUAGUGUCUGGCAUUUGCCAGUCGUCAUGGUCCUAGCUCUCGUGCAGAAGAAGGGUAUGUGGGGGCGGGUUUGGAGCAGCAUAGUUGGCGAGCCAGACCUUGAGGAUGAGGAUGCGGACGAUGAGGAUUGGAUUGUGGAUGAAGUUGGAGAAGAAGCUGAGGCCGCCGAUGACAGGACCCGGGCCGCUGUGCCCCCUAUUGGGUCUAAGUGACCUUGCAUUUUGGCCUAGCCUUUGCCGAUCUGCAUGAGGAUGGCACCUCGGGGAAGAAAAUAUAUCUGUAAUAUAUCCCUAUUAUAUGUAAAAAUAAAAACCAUUGUUUGGGUCGAAUUAUAAUACUUGGUCCAAUUAGGUAGUAUGACCUAUCCAUACGUGUCCAAAGAAUGUACGUAAAUAAGGUAAAUUCAGGGGGUGUUACAGACUUCGGAUAGGAAAUGACUGUAUUUUUGCGA